UCAAGCUGUUUAUAUAUUAUAUCUCACCCACUUUUAAGGUACAGUUUCCAUCUGUAUUUAUCGGGAUAAUACAGAAAUCUUUUGAAAUAUUCGUUCUGUGAUUUGGUGAGAUUGGGUAGCACAAGUUUAAGUGGUUCACACUGAACAAGUAAAGAAGAGAUGAGACUGACAGUGUUAGGGCUGUCACUGCUGGUGGCGGUUGCCAUGGUAACAGCAGAAGAUCCCAUGUAUAUGGGAGUGUUUCCAAAACAAAUUCGAACUGGUAUGGACUACACCACUGAGUUUACGCUGACGGAAGCAGCCAGCCAGGAUGUAAAUAUAUAUGGAAGUAUACGUAAAACAAUGGACACAACAAGCGAAUUGGCUUUUACAGGCUCUAUGUUCACAAUCACAAUAGCUCCUGGAAAUACUCACGGUUCGCAUACAGUAAUGGCUCCGUACAACCUGCCAGCUGGCGAGCAGUACUAUGUCCACUUUUCGUUCACUGGAUUGAAAGUGACACCAAUGUAUGUGGGAGUUGUGGUAUAUCGACCAGCUCUGCCACUAUUUGUCAUCACAGAUAAACCUGUGUACAAGCCAGGACAAGAUGUAUUGAUCCGAGCUCUCAGUUGUGAUGAAAACCUAAAGCCGACCAACAAAAACCUCACAGUUGAGAUUAAGGAUGGUCAGGGAAACAUCAUCAUGAAAGAGAUGUCUAAAGAUGCAGAUGGACCGCCAUUGGUAGAUGUAAGUUUCACAUUAUCAGAUGAUCCAAUCACUGGCAUGUAUAAAGUGAGCUUGUACAAUGAUGAUGGAUAUACAGAGAGACAAUUCGAAGUGAAAGAAUAUGUUCUGCCAAGGUAUGAAGUGAUUGUAGAAUUGGAUACGCCUUUUAUCCUUGAAGGAGAUAAGGAGAUAUCUGGAAGAAUGAAAGGAAUAUACUCAUAUGGAAAAAAUGUACAAGGAACUGCAACUUUGAAAAUGGCUAGUAGAAAUGGUGCAUUUGAUGACGAUUCAGUUGUCUGGACUGAACCUGAAUUUGAUGGUACCGCUAUGUUUACUGCGAAGGUAGAUACUUCGAAAAAUCCAAUGCCAUGGUAUUCAGACUGGUAUUCCUCAUCCACUACAAUGACACUUAGAGCAGAACUGAAUGAGCAGUUUACAGAAAAUGUUGAGUUUGCAGAAGUCACAUUUAACAUUUAUCCUAAAGCAUUUGCCGCAAGGAUGGUGAAUCCCAUGCCACUUCUGUUUCAAGGAAAUAUCGACUACACAUUUGAGGUUGAAUUGACAAAUCCUCAGGGUGGCAGCCUUGGUGAUUGGGACGGAGAGGGCUCAAGUGAUCUGUCACACUACACAUUGUACUAUAAAGCACGUGAUGACAAAGACUUCUCUAGUACACCAGUAAGCAUGAAUCCGAUGUCAGUCACCGUCAAGCUGAAUACGUCAGACACAUCUCUGUAUAGCAAUGAAGUGGAGGCUUACUUUGAAUACACAAAAGAAAAUAUAUCAAGCCAGCAUGUUCGAGGAAAAGUUGCAAAAUACUACACAUGGAGUAAGGAAACCAUUGCCGUGGAGAUGGUGUAUACUCCUAACAAGGCUGAUAAGUGUUUCAAGAUAACUCCCUUCGAAGCAGGGGAUCAAGCUUACUACCAGAUUGUGAACAACUACUACCCAGAACAGAUGCAAAAAUACACACAGAUUGCUGGACAUUGCUUCUCGAUUGACCCCAAGAAACAUGCACCGAUGUCUAAGAUUGUGGUGUAUAAACUUGUGGACUAUACUGAUGGGAAAACAGAAGGCACCGAAUUGCUCAUAGCAUCCACAGAUGUCAACAUAGACUGGUCUCCCAAUCAAGAUGUAGCACUAGAAGUGACGUCUAGAGACACUGGAGAGUCGGUUGUGAAGCCAGGAGAGGAGGUUGAUAUAGUCAUCAAAACAAAGGGUAAAGCAUAUGUUGGUGUGAAAGGCGUCGACAUAAGUGUCAGCUUUAUGGCAGAUCCAAAUGAAAUAACACUAAAAGCAUUAGAAGAUGCUGUUACAGCAUUCAGGCUUUAUGACAGGAAGAAGGACAACCCAAUCCAAAAUCCACCAAUAUUUCCAAUGCCGUUCGCUCGGGGUCCAAUUGCUAAAAGGAAAAAGAGGUGCUCAGCAUGCACUGAUUCUGAACAGUACACAGACUCAAGGAAAUCCCUUGAGGAAGCGGGACUAUAUAUUGUUACGGAUAUAGCUAUGAAACGUCAGGAGGGCUUUGACACCAACAAACGGACAACUACAACAGUAAUGCCAACAUGGGCUUUUAGAACCACUACUUGGUGGCCAACAACAACAACAGUUAUGUUUGACUAUGAUGGAGGAACAGAAGACGAUAAUGCUGAAGGCGCCGAGUUACCGAUGGAAGAAGAGGAGCAAGUUAGACAAGACUUUCCAGAAACUUGGCUUUGGGAUAUUGAAAUGACAGAUGAUAAUGGAAACUUGAUACUUACAAGAGAAGUACCCGACACCAUUACUAAGUGGCAGGUCAGUGCUUUUGGAGUCAACGAACAAAAUGGGCUGUCAGUUUCUGAGACAAAAGAGGUAACUGUUUUCCAAGACUUCUUUAUUUCGAUGAAUCUGCCAUACUCAGUUGUCAGGACUGAAAAAGUGAAUAUUGAUAUGCUGGUCUUCAACUACCUUGAUGAAGAGUUAGAAGUUGAAGUUGAACUGGAUCAGAGUCCAAAUUACACUAUUGCAGGUGGCUCAAAAUUCAAAAGAGCUCUUACUAUUCCUGCAGGAACCUCCAAUGUAGCAAGUGCUAAGGUUGAAUUUACAAAAAUUGGAGAUAUACCACUGAAAGCAACAGCUAGAAACGUACGAGGAAAUGGUAACCAGAACAACAAUGUAGAUAUUGUAAUUAGAGAGCUGAUAGUUAAGCCUGAGGGACGCGAGAUUCGUGAAGAUGAUAAUGUAGUUGUAGCGAUGAGUAAGCAGAACAACAUGCAAAUGACCACUACUGAAGAGUUUUUCAAUAUGACCAAGUUCUUUCGCACAGAAGGUUAUGUGCCAGGCUCCUUGAGAAUGUACCUUUUUGUGACAGGGGAUAUGAUGGGAGUAUUUAUUUCAAAUAUUGUGACAAAGAUUAAGAUGCCAUUUGGAUGUGGAGAACAAAACAUCAAAUCACUGACACCGUCUGUGUUUGUGGGACGUUACCUGAAUAAAAUUGGUAGAUUAGACGCAAAGACCAAAGCUUUACUUGGAAAAGUAUGCGGGGCAGGGGUGAGAAAGGAGUUCAACUAUUUACAUCGGGACGGUUCAUACAGUGCUUUUGGGGACCAUGACAAUGUGUGUAUUUGCGGUACACAAGGCAGAAAAAGAGGCUCCACAUGGUUAACAGCCUAUGUAUUAAUGACUUUCUCACUACUGUAUACGGAUGAAGUUACCUAUGUAUCACCAGAAAAUCUGAAGAAAUCAUUUGAUUACAUCAAGAACAAUGUAACAUACAAGGACUGUGAUUACCAGUAUUUUGUUGAAGAAGGAGAACUUAUCCAUACCGAAAUGCAGGGAGACUCUGGAUCUAGAUUUGGAUUUGUAGCAUUUGUGUUAAUGGCGGUAAUGGACUACAAACAAGCAGCUUUAAAAGCAGGAUUUGAUGAUUCAGUUACGGAGGCAGAUCUAAUGAUAAAAGGAGCAAGUGAUUGGCUACGAAGUCACAAGAAUGAAUUGAUUCAAACAAGACAGCCUUAUCAACUUGCUAUUGCUGCAUAUGCUCUGGCAAGAGCUAAUGGAGGGACUCCAGAUGCCACAAGUAUUGAACUCUUACAGAAACUCCAGGAACUAUUGCAAGAAAAAGAUGAUAUGGAUACUGAGGAGCCAGACUUGAGCCCACCUGAAGGCGAAUGCAUGUAUAUGCCUUCAUCAGGAGAGCAAAAAAAAUGUGUGGAGGAUAAAGACUGUAACUCUGGUGGAUCUCGCUACAUGUAUAAUAAUAUGCAGUGUUGCAAGGUAGCUUGUGCAACUGAUGGUAGAAAAUUGUGCUCAAGGAAACCAUAUCGACCCACAUUCAGAAAGGGCAUGCCACAGGAUGAUUCAGACUCAUCAUUGAUUGAGACUAAAGGGUAUGCUCUCCUGGCCUACUUGGAACUCCACGAGAAAGAAUCGGACAAGACCAAAUACAUUGCAAAGAUUGAGGAGUUGAAAAAAUGGUUGCUUUCUAAGAGGAAAGGAAAUGGAUUCUUCUCAAGCACUCAGGACACAGUGGUUGCUUUGCGAGCCUUAGCAAAGUAUGCCAUGACUUUCCCGGAUUCAACUGGAGCCGAUUUCACUGUGAGGGCGAAGGGUGAUAAUGGAGCUUAUGUAACUGAUGAAGUAGUUGUUACUUCUGAUACAUACACUGUUACUACAGAGAGAAAGCUGGCCGUUGACACCCCACCAUCAUCAGUAUCUGUUGUUGUGUCUGGCAAAUCUGGGACUGCCUAUGUCAAUUUGGUCGCACUUUACAAUGUGGCAAAGAAUGUGAGCACACCAGCAUUCAAUGUAACUAUUGAGCCACGUAAAGUUGAUAACAAACCUGAAAUCAAGACUUGCUUCAAAAAAGAUCCAAAUUUCUUUGGUGACUUUGGAUCAAUGGUUGUCUUCACAUUAGAAGCUCAGACAGGCUAUACUCUUAAGGAGAUUGUAAAAGAGGAAAUACCAGCAGCAGAAGCCCCAAAUAAAGUUGAAAUCAGUGACAAGAGUGACAUUGUUACUGCUUAUUACAUGGAAACAGGUGAUAAGUUUGGAGGUCAAAGGUGUUUACGCAUUAAGUAUGAAGAGAAUACUGCUGUGGAUAACCGUCAGCCAGCUGUUGCAAGAGUCUGGGACUAUUAUAAAGAAGGUAUGUGCAGACAUUUUGUUGAUACCUUUUAA